AUGGGCAAUCUGUCUUUUCAGAGCUACCGCCCAAAUCAAAAAAAUAUUCUUGUCAUAGGCCCUGUUCCUGGUCAGAAAUAUAGUGAAAUCACGUUUCCUAUUCUUUCCCCGGACCCCGCUACUAAGAAAGACAUUCACUUCUUAAAAUAUCCUAUAUACGUAGGCGGAAACAGGGGAAGGGGCCAGAUUUAUCCUGACGGGAGCAAGAGUAACAAUACAGUUUAUAAUGCUACAGCAUCCGGUAUAGUAAGCAAAAUCCUACGAAAAGAAAAGGGGGGAUACGAAAUAACCAUAGCGGAUGCAUCGGAUGGACGUCAAGUGGUUGAUAUUAUCCCUCCGGGGCCAGAACUUCUUGUUUCAGAAGGCGAAUCUAUCAAAUUUGAGCAGCCGUUGACAAGUAAUCCUAAUGUGGGCGGAUUUGGUCAGGGAGAUGCAGAAAUAGUACUUCAAGAUCCAUUACGUGUACAAGGCCUUUUGUUCUUCUUAGCAUCUGUUAUUUUGGCACAAAUAUUUUUGGUUCUUAAAAAGAAACAGUUCGAGAAGGUUCAAUUGUCCGAAAUGAAUUUCUAG